AUGGCGCCCCCGCCCACAGUAGUGGCGCUCAAGCAGCGGUUCCUAGGAACGCAAACGCGCGCUCUCUCGCAGCCGCUAGCGCCGUCGCGCGCGUGGCGCACGUCGCCCGCACAGGCCGACCCCGACAUCAACGAGAACGAAACCGGCGGCGGCAGUAAUAGUAGGCUGCCCGACAAGGCUGUCGACGACGCGCUGUUCCGGCUCAACCACGCGCUGCAGCAGCACGUGCGCCGCGUGUACGCGCCCCAGGCCACCCGCCACGUCGCCGAGCAGAUUGACGGGCUGUACUGGAACGCUGCUGGCGAGGUUCUGGAUGGCGGUGCUGAGGGUGAGGGUGAAGCCGCGCACGAAACAAUCAUCACCCUGCCGUUAUCAUGGGAUGACGCCGCGCCGCCGCGGCACGCGCGCGAGACAGCCGCCUACCCAUCCGAAGCGGAGCGGUAUAGCGAGCUAGCAACACAGCUACAAACGCUCGACGGCGAGCGGCAGCGCGCGCUAGCGCGCGUCGCCCGGCUGCGGCGGCUGCACACGCUGCUGCAGCCAUUUGCCACCAGCACCCCUAGUGGUAGUGAUGAUGGUGAUGGUGGCGAUGGUGGUGCAGUGCAAGACAACCUCGUGACGCGCAACGGCGACGUCGAGGCCGAGCUACAGCGCAUGCGCAUGCUCCUAGCACGCGUCGGCGGCCGCGUCGGCCAGCUUGCGACUGUGCCUGCGUCUGUGCCUGAACCUACGACGACGGCGACGACCAGUGAUGGCGAUGAUGAUGCCAUGGACGUGGACGUGGAUGUGGAUGAAGGGAGUACGGCCGAGCAGCAGAGGCGCGUGGGGAUGCUGCUCGAUCGGUUUGGGUCAUGCAGUUGGGCUGGGGGAAAGGCGUCGGACUCGGACUCGGACACGGACACGGACACGGACACGGACACGGACACGGACACGGACACGGACACGGACACGGACAUGGACAUGGACACGGACACGGACACGGACGGACGGACGGACGGAUAG